AUGUUGCACGAAAUAUUGUUAUCACUUUGGGGAUGUUCUACUAGUGUUGCAGAGAUUAUAGAUGCCGACAUUGAAGAUACAAAAAAAAGUUUUCAUCCAGGAGAAGGAGCCUUGAUAAAAAAGAUUCUAGACAUAGUCAAAGAAUGCAACAAGAUAAGAAAAUUUAUCAAGCGCUACUCGUCUGUUGAUGCACCGAGACGAAAUAAUAAUGAAUCUGAACCUGUUCAUGGAUUAUAUUUAAGAGCCCUUUGCAAUGGAAUGGAUGAUGCUCUGGAGCCAUUUCGAGAAGAAAUCAUCGAUAUGGAACAAAUUGUAUUAAAUGAUUCUCACACGCCAGUUUCGAUUAUUCUUUGUCGCUUACAAAAGUAUCUCUCCUUGUUUUAUGUAUUUAAUGCGAUCAUUUCCGAGCUUCAAACUCGAAAACUUUAUGGUUGUAAAUUACUGCAGUGCGUGCACCAACAUUCGAAUACAGGUGUACCUGAAGUAAAGCUGGCUCUUGAGAAAAUAACACGUUGUAUCCAUGUUGUUUUCUACAAACAUCUUAUUAGUUGGCUUUUAUAUGGACAUUUAGAAGACGUCCACAAAGAGUUUUUUAUUCAAAAAAGAGCAGAUGAUGCAAUCGAUCUAGGUAUUUCAGUCGAUGGAACAGUUUCUAGUGUUUCGGAAAUAAAAUUCACGAGUAUGUGGAGCUACGAUUUGCAAAUAGACAUGCUUCCUUCUUAUAUCAGAUUGUCCUUAGCUUCUAAAAUUUUGGCAAUCGGACAAACUAUUAUUAUGUUUGGAAAUGAUCCACGACAGAAAAAAGAAUUUAGCCCUGAAGUCAAAUUAGAGAAUUCCGUUUGGGGCGAGAAAGAAUACGAACACUUUGAAAAACUCCAGAGUUUGCAGAUGGAGACAAAAUUCAACGUCGUGGAAUUUGAGAAAACAGUUGAUAAUUUAAAGCGAUGUGUUACUGAGCAUUUAUGGCUUGUAACAGUAGAGGAAGCACAAUUGAUGCUACAGUUGAAAUUAAUAAAAGACUUUUACCUCAUGGGACGUGGCGAUUUAUUUUUGGAAUUUAUCAGGCUCACGACACACAUUUUGAAUAAAACGCCCACAAGCCACACGUCGAGAGAUAUUAAUUUCGCUUUUCAGACAGCGAUAAGAAAAUUGCAUUCCAGCGAUGAAAGCGCUGUAGACAGUUUCACUUUCUCAGUAACGAUUCCUCCAACUGAAAGUGGUGCAGAAACUGUGGGAAAUGACGCAAAAUCUGCAGAUAAUUUUGAGAAAGAGCGGGAAGAUCCUAUCGAAAAACGAGGGUGGGGCUUAAUCGCUUUGCAGUACAAGGUUGUUUGGCCUUUGCAUUUGCUCUUUAGUCCAGCAACUUUAAAGGAUUACAAUAGUUUGUUUCGAUUUCUGCUGAGAGUGAAGAAAACGCAAAUCAAUUUAUGGAAUCUUUGGCGGAAGCAUGCACGUUCCAAAAAUAUAGAAAUAGGCGUGAUUCAGUUGCGCAACAACUUGAUAUUUAUUGUGGAUAACCUGCAGUAUUAUCUUCAAGUAGAUGUUCUUGAAAGUCAGUACACGAUUAUGGAGAGCAGCAUGAAAAAUACUAGGAAUUUUGAAGAAAUUCAGCGAGCUCAUUCUGUUUUUAUGGCUAAUGUAAUGUCGCAAACUUUCCUUCUGGGCAACAAUACUGGAAAGAAAAAUCCAGUGAACGAACUGAUACAACUUCUACUACGUCUCUGCGAUGAUUUCAUUUUACAAUCAUCUCUGUGGGAAGCGGAUAAUUUAUUAGACACGGAAAAGGAAGAGCUUCAAAGACUCUACGAUACACUUGAAAGUUUAAUGGACUGGUUAACAAAAACCUUGAGCAGAGUUCGAGCUCAACCAAGUGGGGAACACCUGGCUCAAUUACUUUUAAGACUCGAUUUCAACAGGUGGUUUAGUAAAAAAUUAUAAAUAUUCUAAGCCCCUCACUUGAGUCUUUAAACUAUUGUUUAAAAAUAUAAGUAAUUGCCAUUGUACAAAUCAUACUCUUUUAGUAAUUAAUUAUAAUUACUGAUUGUUGCUUGUAAGCUUCUUGCAAUUAUAUUUUCUUUUUUUACAACUGAAUAUUCAACUCCAGUUCUGAUUAUUCGUUUAAAAAACGAAUCUAUCUAAUUUAAUGCUCAUAUUAUUUUCUAAUAAAAUAUAAAAUUCAUU